UACCCAGCUUCCCGUUUACCCCCGCCCCCUCCCCCGAGUAUUUUUUGAUAGGAAGAGGGCCCUGAAGAGAGAAGAAGCUACAGAGGAUGGAAGACUCCCAGCACACAACUUGGAAAUAACUUGGGGGCACCUUGGUCUAAACCAUACUGGAAAAAUAAUCCUGCUUAUAGCAUGCUUACCCGCAGGGGCCCUUUCUGCAUCUACUUGAAGUCAUCCGCCUCCCGCAUCUAUCUGGAAGCUUUUUCUUAAGAUCAAACCUAAAUUUACCUCUUGGCAAUGUCCACCCAUUGCUCCUAAUUUUGUCCAAAAAAAAAAAAAAAAAAAAAAAGGAAUCUCUCUCCUAUCCACAGCCCGCCCUUCCAUGAGCAGACCUUUAUCUAUUCCACAGUUUUGCGUAGGGUCACUGCAGGCUUGUGUCCAUUCAGAAAAAGGCGGGGGACAGAGGCCGACUCUCGCUACUGAAGAAUCAUCACGGACCAGGGGCGGAGGGAGCCGAAACUUUUCUCCCUUUCCCGCCCCUACUGAACUCUUUGAUUAUGCAUACAAACGCGGAAGGGAACCUAGCACAGAAACACGAUCCAUCGGACGAGAAGGGAAAACUCGUCUUCCUCUGUGGGGAUAGAAGAAAGAGAGAAGACCGAGGGGGAAAACGUGUGUGCGGCCCUUCCCGGAGGCCAGGUAGCACCUGCUCCUCCUCUCUCCUCACCCGGGCCCCUCCCCUUGGGGCGGGCUUCUAGGGGCAGGAUUCCCUCCUCUCCCGGUUCCUUUUCCUGCUACUAUCCUCCCCGUCUCUGCCCCGGCCUCUUUCUCUCCAUCCCUCCCUCUCUCCCUCUCCCUCUGGGAGCGAGCCUGCUGUCCGGCCUCUAUGUCUCUGUGGCCCGAGGAGCUAGGCAGUACGGCGGCGGCCGGAUCGCUGCUUCUGUGCGCCGCGCAGUUGGCGGUUGGCUAUGCGGUGGGCAGCCGUCUGGGCCGCGGGGUGGGCGCUGCUGACCGCUGGGCGCUAGUCUGGCUCUGCUAUGACGCCCUGGUGCAUUUCACGCUGGAAGGUCCCUUUGUCUACUUGUCUUUAGUAGGAAGUGUGGCAGACUCGGAUGGCAUAAUUGCUUCAUUAUGGAAAGAGUAUGGCAAAGCAGAUGCAAGAUGGCUUCAUUCAGAUCCCACCAUUGUAUCCCUGGAGAUGCUGACUGUUGUUCUGGAUGGAUUUCUGGCCUUGCUCCUCAUUUAUGCCAUAGUAAAAGAGAAGUACUAUCGGCAUUUCAUUCAGAUUACACUGUGUGUGUGUGAACUAUAUGGCGGGUGGAUGACCUUCUGUCCAGACUGGCUGAUUGGAAGCCCCAACCUUAACACAAGCAAUUGGCUUUAUCUUUGGGUCUACCUGGUAUUUUUUAAUGGUGUGUGGGUAUUGAUCCCAGGACUACUACUGUGGCAGUCAUGGAUAGGACUCAAGAAAGUGCAUCAGAAGGAAAUGAAGCCAGGAAAAAAGUUCAGAUGAAUUUUCAAAAUCACAGCUGUAUUCCUCAUCCAAGUCAUUGUGGUUUUAACCUAUGAUUGUGUGUUAAAAAUGCAAUCACCAAUGCUUUGAAGUUAUUUUUCUUCCAGUUGUAUUUUGUAUACCAAUUUGCUUUCUUUACAGUAAAAUGGAACAAAUGGGGGGGGGGGGUUAGGAUUUUUAAAUUAUAUGUAGGGAUAAAUGAAUGCAAUUUAAUUUAUGCCAAUAAUGUUCACAAAAAUAAUUGUUAA